AUGCGCCAUUCAUCAUCCAUCGCCGGCACACUGGGUGCAGCACAAGUUGUUGCUUCGUCAUCUCUCACUGCUCGUUGCAACAGCACCUCAUUCGCCGAUCUUGACGUGUUUGGCGCUGAAGUCAUCAGCGUUGAAGCGAUUCCAUUGGACAACUACACAGCUUUCAUUGCCGCUGACGGCGAAACUCCUGCAACGACCUAUUCAGGCGUGAACGUUUGCAACCUCACUAUCACCUACACGCAUCCUGGCCGAGAUGAUACGAUCAAUGUCAAUGCCUGGUUGCCGCUCGAUAACUGGAAUGGACGAUUCGUGGCUUCCGGCGGUGGCGGCUGGCGAACAGGUGUUCCAUCUGAUUCACUUGCCCCAAUUGCAUCGCAAGGCUUCGCAACAGCUUCUACAGAUGGUGGACACCCGAUCUAUGAGCAGAAUGCAGCACCGUGGGCGCUGAACAGUCCUGGGAACGUCAACCUCAAUUUGUUCCAAGACUUUGCAUCGAUAGCGCUGAACGACUUGGGUUUGCUCGGAAAGCAAGCUACUCAGCUCUUCUACCAGAAAGCAGCUGACUACUCUUAUUGGAAUGGUUGUAGCACUGGAGGAAGACAAGGAUUGAUGGUGGCCCAGCGAUAUCCUGACAUUUUUGAUGGAAUUCUCGCAAUCGCUCCUGCUAUCAAUUGGGGCUAUUUUCUCCCAGCAGAGUUCUGGCCGCAGCAUUUCAUGAACCGCCUCGGGUAUCAUCCCACUCCCGAUGAGCUCGAAGCAAUCACGGCCGCUGCUGUGGAAGCUUGUGAUGAGCUGGAUGGAGUCAAGGACGGAAUUAUCUCGGCACCUGAUGAAUGCCACUUCGAUGCCGAAACACUCGUUGGCCAGACAUAUUCACCACGCAACGGCACACAACGAAUAAUCACCUCUGAAGCUGCUCGGAUAGCUAAUGCCGCCUGGACUGGACCUCGCAGCCCCAAUGGCCUAUACGACUGGUACGGCCUUACGCAUGGCACGAAUCUUACCCUCGGGCUUGUAGCAACCGAGUGUAAGAACGAAAGUGCAAGCUCUUGCGUCGGCAAGCCUUUCAGCAUCGUUGAGGAAUGGUUCAAGUUGUUCGUCAUGAGAGAUCCCGAAUUCGACAUCUCCAAUAUCACUGACAGACAAUACUUUGACCUGAUUCACAAGUCCGUGCAAGAGUACGACAGUAUCAUUGGAACCUCUGACCCCGAUCUGGAGCCUUUCAAGCGCUAUGGCGGAAAGAUGAUCACAUGGCAUGGGCUGUCGGAUGAGUUGAUAUUUCCAAACGGAACUGUGGAUUACUACCAGCGAGUCCUGGAGCUAGACCCCGAGGCCUCGGAUUUUUAUCGAUAUUUCGAGGCACCAGGCGUGCAGCACUGUCGUGGUGGUCCUGGUCCUCUGCCUUCUGGUGCUUUGAAUGCAUUGAUCAGCUGGGUCGAAAAUGGAACUGCACCUGAGACGCUGCUAGCGAGCAAGACCGGUGUACAGGGAGGGACUACGAUUGAGAGGGAACUUUGUGCUUGGCCGAAGAAGCAGACUUACGUGGGCGGGGACCCGAAUGUGAAGGGCAGUUUUGAGUGUGUCUAA